AUGGCAGUCCCUCCUUCCCAAUUGGAAGGUGUCCAUAUCUACGGCUACUUGCGGACACAGGGUGUGGUCUAUCAGCUUGAAGACCUGGAGACUUCCAUCGGGCGUGGAGAGGAGUGCAGUUUGCAGCUGGAUGGCAAAGGAAUCUCGCGACUUCACGCGCGGCUGACGUUCCACGGCAGGCGGCCACAGCUUCUGGAUCUGGGCUCGAGUAACGGCACUUUCGUGAACGGUCUGCGACUGCGGCCCAACAUUCCGUAUGACUUGAAGCAUGGUGAUGUGGUACGUUUCGCGCAGGCACGAUGUACAUAUAGCUUCGAGUUGUCACCAGAAGUGCCGGAAGCAAAAAGCCCCAAAACCCCCAAACCACCCAAACAAGCUGCGGAGCCUGUCGAGACUCCUCCCCGCUCCGCUAUGAAGUCGAAAGAAGCUGGCGAAGCUGGUGAAGGCAAGGAGAAGCCAAGCCAUCCAAGCGAACAGGCACAGCCGAACGCUGCGAGUCCGUGUGUCAACUUCUUGCCUGUUCCGUUUCCCUUCAUGCAGCCGGGGCCAAUGCAGCCCAUGCAGCCCAUGCAGCCAAUGCAAAUGUACGCGUCACAGUUUCCGCCCCAGCCUCCCACGCCGUACCCACAGCCGCCUCAGCCUCGCCAGCCUGAGCCUUUGGAGCCCGCGGAGCGGCCAGCUUACCCACACUUCGCCCCUGAAUCGGAGAUGCUUCAGAAGCAGGACCUCCUCUUGCAGAGGCUUUGGAAGCUUGAGGAAAGCAUCUCCCGCUUGGCUGAUGCCAAUCUAGAGGUUUGUCAAAGAGCAAGUCAUCCAGAAGAUGCGAGGGAUGUGAAGGAUGACAAGCACAAGAGCUUCUUAAGUGAGCACCAGGAGCAGACUGAGGAGGCCCACCAGGUUGCAGCAGCUCUUGCUGCGGCCACAGAACGGCUUAACGGAACUGCAAGUGUUGCAGAGUUCCGUCACAUGGAGGGCUCGGCCUCCCCGACCUCUCAAGUCGCUCUCGAGAGCAAGGCGAGGCCUGUCGAGUCACUUGAAAAGCAAGCACUGGACGAGGACCCUCACCAGCUGGAGAGGCAAAAUGAGCUGAUAGCGGAGAUGCAGCGCAUGCUGGCGCUUUACGAGAUGGUGAUGGGUGCAGGCAUGGCCGACACCUUACAGACCGGCAAGGCCACUCCUGAUUCCAGCAGCUCAUCUUCCGCAUCAGAGAAGGCUCCUCGAAGACCUCUUUUUGAAGGAGCGGUCGGAGAGACUUCCGUUGUCCUUACAGCUAUCAUGUCUUCGCUAGAAGAGUUGGCUGGCAUGGGCUAUGCUAACCCUAGCGUUGGCGGCCACCGGAGGUGGAGUGCGCUUGCGAAUGAGCGCGAACGGCUUGCCAAAGAGGAGGCUAUUGAAGCAGAGAGGUUACGAGAGCUUGAGGAGGAGGAGGCACGCCUCCGUCAAAGCACGGAGGCUGAACUUUCAGAGCUAAGCCGGCUUUUGGAAUGUGAGGAUUCUGCGGGUGAUCAGACUGAUCACCCCAUGUUUCAGGACAUCCAAACAAAGAUUACUGCCCCGGAGGCCUUUGAACAUCUGCAGGCGGAACUGGCACGCGUUCAGCAGGACCGAGCGCGCUUGGAAGCCGAAUCCACCGCUGUGACGGGCCAACUCCUGGAUGCCCAGCAGAGCUACCGCGAGGCCAAAGCCAAGGCUGACACGGCCUCCAAGUUCUUCGCAAGUGCCGAAGAGAUGGCAGACGAGCUGCAGGAGUGGCGGUACUCAGGCCGCACCGAGCGCAUGGCAGCCCUUGAGAGGAUGAUGUCUCUUGCGCAGGCCCAGGUCUCUGAGAGGCGUUCUCAGCAAAAGAAAAAGACCGAAAGCAUCUUGUAG